GAGGCGGGCCGGGGGCAGGGCCGGGACGGCGGCGGCGAUAGGCUGCGGCCAUGAGGAGCGGCGCGGGGCUGCUGGUGGCGUUGGGCGCCUCGGGGGUUCUGCUCCUCCGCCUCCUCCUCCUCCUGCUGCGGCGGGCCCGCCGCGCCCUGCCCGCUGAAGGAAAGGCAGUGCUAAUAACAGGCUGUGACAAAGGUUUUGGACAUGCCUUGGCAAAAUGCCUUCAUGCAAAGGGAUUUACUGUUUUUGCUGGAUGCUUGCUCAUGGAUGAGAAUGGAGAUGGAGCCAGGGAGCUGAGGAACAUGAAGUCAGACCGGAUGAAAGUGUUACAGAUGGAUGUGUGCAGUGACCAGGAGGUGGCUCAGGCCGUGGAUUUUGUGAAGAGGACUCUGAAGGGACCAGAAGAAGGUCUGUGGGGCCUGGUGAACAACGCUGGCAUCUCGACCUUCGGAGAGGUGGAAUUUGCAAGUUUAGACAACUACAAGGAGGUGGCAGAGGUUAACCUGUGGGGCACUGUGAGGGUGACAAAGGCUUUCCUGCCCCUCAUUCGCAGAGCUAAAGGCCGUGUGGUGAAUAUCACAAGCAUGUUGGGACGCAUGGUGAGUCCAUCUCGCUCCUGCUACUGCGUUUCCAAGUUUGGGGUGGCAGCCUUCUCCGACUGCCUGAGGCAGGAGAUGUACCGCUGGGGAGUCCGCGUCAUCCUCAUCGAGCCCAGUAACUUUGUGGCAGCCACGGGCAUCCUGACGGCCGCGGGCAUUGACCGGCAGGCCGAGGCCCUGUGGAGCGGGGCCACCGACACGGUGCGGGAGGACUACGGCCGCGAGUAUUUCACUGGCCACGUGGCCCUGAUGAAGUCCUUUGUGAACAGUGGCCUGAAAGACGUGUCUCUGGUUCUGAGUGACAUCACCGAAGCGCUCGUGUCCCCGUGCCCGAAGAACCGCUACAAUCCCAUGGAGACCUACUGGUGGGUGAGGCUGCAGGUCAUGACCCACCUGCCCACAGCCAUUGCCGACUGGCUUUACAUCCCUGGAGCCAGCCUGUAAACAGGCAUUCCUCAGGCAUCCCUCCAGGGCUCCUACUCACAAACACAGGUUAGGGCUGAUCUCUGCACUCCUUGCUCCGUGUCUCCCCUGGAGAUGCGUGUGCUUCCACUUUGAGUUAUGACUUCAAGUCAUGUGUUGUGGAAUGCUGGAACAGUAUGGGUUUUGGUUCUUUUUUUCCCCCCCCAUUCUUGUUGUUUGUAUUUCUUGCUGUGCUGUUUAAAGUUGAAAGGUGUUUUCCUUUUAACUAUGGAGGAACCAGAGGAAGGUAAAUAUGACGUGUCAAAUAUGUGGCUAGUGUAAUUAGGUCAGCAGAGUUCCCACAGUGAUAAAUUUGGCUUAUUAAUGGACUCUUGCGUUUCCUUACAAGGACAAACUGCUAAUAGCAGAGCAAAGCUGUUGCUAUGAGAUGGCUUGAAGGGAGAAACUAAAUUGGGAAACAAAAGCAGAGUUUUCCAUUUGGUUGAAAAUGGGUCAGUCACAGCCUUCCAUUGUUUUCCUGGUACUGCCAAGAAGCUCUGCUGUGCUGUGACUGUCUGCUCUUUCCAGGGAAACAGCAACAUGCCUCUAAACAGCCUCAUUACCUGGCUGCAAAGAAGGGUUCUUCCCUCCCAGCACUGUGCCAGGAGAUGCCUGAGCCAACAACUGGGCACAGCACAGGCAGUGAAAAGCCUUUCUAAUCAUGAGGUCUGAGCCGUCUCCCAGCAGCCCCUCUCCACCUGCUGCUGCUGAGCUUUGUGGGAGAGGGUUUAAGCUGACGUAGCAAACAAAUUUGGCUUCUCUUACUGCUACCUUAGGUGCCUGAACUACUCAACUGUGAUACAGACAUUGUCCAGUCAUCCACCUGCUUCCCUCUGGCUGGUAAGGGAACUGCUUGUUGGCUUUUCCAAAUAAUUUUUUUUAUUUAUCCUCUGCAUCUGGACAGUGAUGGGGCACUGUGCAGCUAGUGUGGUCUGACUAUGAGCUCUGGAAGGAUGCCUUAAUGGACACACAUUUCUUAUUUUUAGUAUUGCACAAUGAAAUCUCCAUGUCACACAAUCAUUUUCUCUGAGAACCUCUUGAUAACUGAUAUGAGCUGCUCUUGCCCAGUAUCCCGAAGGGUCUCUUCUGUUGUCCACAUGCAGGAUUUUGAUAAUGUUGUCCGAGUGCUGGGGCUGCCUGGCUUCAUGCCCCAUCCCCUGUGUUCCAGUGGUGACCACUGGUGGAGCAGGCAGCGAGCUGCAGGCACUGCUGGCCAGGCUGGGACCUGAGCCUCUUACUCUAGGGACCAGCUUUUCCUUCCACUGUAUUGCCUCAUGUGAGAUUAAGUGUCUGUGAAGAGAGUUUAUUGACUGCUCUUCCUCAUCUGUCUCUGCUAGCUCUGACUUGGAAACUGUGCCUUAAACGUUUUGUAUGCCACUGACUGCAAAUUCUUGGAGUCUGCAUGUAGCCAUGAAUGCUGUGAUGCCUUCAGGAGGAAAGCAGGUUUCCCUUGGAGAUGCUGUCAAGGCAGCUUGUCUUACAAGUAACAACUGCUAGAAAUACUGCUGUGCAGUUUGUGUCUUUUCCAGAUCAUCUGCACACAGAGAUUUCCUGGGAUUUAGGACCCAGAAGGAUCCCACUGAACGGCAGCCUAAACAGUAAUCACUUCUGCCCCCUGCACUGUGAAACGUGAUUAAUGUUAAGUAGCUCUGAUUUGCACAGAGAGAAAAAUAAACUGUGAGAUUUCUAAAGCAUA